UCUAGCAAUUAAACAUGGGAAAAGAAGGAAGAAGAAGAAGAAGCGAAGAAAAAAUGAAAUCAAAGCAAACUCCAACACGGGGUUUUGGACAGUACUCUAUUGCUUCAUCAUUUCUCUCACGUUCUUCCCAUCCUUCUAAGGAAGCAAAAAAAGAUCUGGGUCACAAAGCUUCGCACAAGCUUGCGUCAUUAUCAGAUUUUCUAAACCAAAAGCUACCCACACGUUCUGGUGUUCCCAAAACUGUUCAGGAGAAAUCAAGACCCUUUUCAUCGUUAUUGUCCCCAAAUGAAGGGAAAUCCAUUGAUAAGCAGAAUGGAAGAAGGAAAGAAGAUGAAGCAGAGAAAGAUGAUGCUAUUAAUAAAGUUGUUUUCGAGCAGUUCAAGCAAGAUAACUCUCAGAAAAUAGGUUCUACAUUAAGUUCAAGUGUUAUUGGUGAAGAAGAAAAUCCAGAGAAUUCAAGAAAAAGACGGAAUCCAUUUGAAGGUAUAGAUGAAAAACCCAGAGCACGAAGCCUUUUCUAGUUCUAGGAGAGGAAGACAAUCCACAAAACAUGAAGAAAAGAGGAAAAAAGGAGUGUUCUACAAGCAACAAGGAA